GAUUGCUGCUCAGAGGAGGAGUUGGAGGCGCUGCUGCUGAACCUGGAGUGUGCCACAAAGAGGUUGAAUGACAUGAAGCAGAGACUCAAGACAGCCCAGUGCUAGAAGGAAGCAAUGCGAGCAGUGUCCAUACGACAUGAGCCACACUGGACACAUUCAUUUGUACCACAAAUCACACAUGGCCAAGAAGGCCUUCAAGUGUACUGUAUGCGAGAAGGUAUUUCGACGUUCAUCACAACUUAGAACUCACCAGAGACAGCACACAGGAGAGAAGCCCUUUAAGUGCACUGUCUGUGGUAAAGCGUUUACACGUUCAGCAUCUCGUCACGCUCACCAGAAAACACACACAGUCGAAAAACCCUUCAAAUGCACUGUGUGUGGAAAGGCAUUUGCAGGUUCAGGAAUUUUUUUGCAACAUCAGAGAACACACUCAGGCGAUAAGCCCUUCAAGUGCACUUUGUGUGAGAAGGAAUUUAGACAUUCAUCACAACUUAAAAUUCACCAGAGAACACACACUGGCGAGAAACCCUUCAAGUGCACUGUUUGUGGUAAAGCGUUUACACGGUCAGCAUAUCUUAACAUUCACCAGAGAACACACUCAAGUGAUAAGCCCUUCAAGUGCACUUUGUGUGAGAAGGCAUUUAGACAGUCAUCACAACUUCAAAUUCACCAGAGAACACACACUGGCGCCAGUCCCUUCAAGUGCACUGUUUGUGGUAAAGCGUUUACACGGUCAGCAUCUCUUAACAUUCACCAGAGAACACACACAGGUGAGAAGCCCUUCAAGUGCACUGUGUGUGGUAAAGCGUUUACACAGUCAGCAUAUCUUAACAUGCACCAGAGAACACACACAGGCGAGAAGCCCUUCAAGUGCACUCUGUGUGGUAAAGCGUUUACACAGUCAGCAUAUCUUAAAAUUCACCAGAGAACACAUACAGGUGAAAAGCCCUUCAAGUGCACUGUGUGUGGUAAAGCGUUUACACGCUCAGAAUCUCUGAACAAUCACCAGAGAAAACACACAGGUGAAAAACCCUUCAAAUGCACUGUGUGUGGAAAGGCAUUUGCAGGUUCAGCAAAUUUUUCGCAACAUCAGAGAACACACGCAAGCGAUAAGCCCUUCAAGUGCACUUUGUGUGAGAAGGCAUUUAAACAGUCAUCACAACUUCAAAUUCACCAGAUAACACACACUGGCGAGAAACCCUUCAAGUGCACUGUUUGUGGUAAAGCGUUUACACGCUCAGCAUAUCUUACCAUUCACCAGAGAAAACACACUGGCGAGAAGCCCUUCAAGUGCACUGUGUGUGGUAAAGCAUUUACACAGUCAAGAUAUAUUAAGAAUCAUCACCAAAGACAACACACAGGCGAGAAGCCCUUCAAGUGCACUGUGUGUGGGAAGUUAUUCGCACGGUCAGACGACCUAAAUUGGCAUGAGAAGAUCCAUGUGGAGGAGGUGGAAUCGAGCCCAUCUCGCAUGCAACAAGACCCAAAAGACAACCCGAGUUUAGCAACGUGGCCAGCAGUGAAGGUUGAACGGGAAGACGUAAAGGGGGAAUGUGAAGAAGUGAAGGUGGAUCGUGAAAAGGUGAAGAUGGAAUGUGAAGAAGUGAAAGUGAAAUCUGAAGAUGAAGACUCAACUCCAGGCCCCGAUCUCCAGGUGGAUGGAGGCAGCGUCAAGCAGGAGCAGCUUUCGGACUCUGAGGGAGGGCCAGGCGACCCCCAUGAAGUUGUGGAUGUGGAGGUGUGGGUGGAGUUUUUGGGGGAGGGAUCGUGCAGUGGUUACCACUGCCUGCCCAAGCAGCUUUUGUUAAGUUACAUACAGGAGGCUAAACGGAGCAGAGACUCAAGACAGCCCAGUGCUAGAAGGAACCAAUGCGAGCAGUGUCCAUACGACAUGAGCCACACUGGACACAUUAAUUUGUACCACAAAUUACACAUGGCCAUGAAGGCCUUCAAGUGUACUGUAUGCGAGAAGGUAUUUCGACGUUCAUCACAACUUAGAACUCACCAGAGACAGCACACAGGAGAGAAGCCCUUCGAGUGUACUGUUUGUGGUAAAGCGUUUACACGUUCAGCAACUCGUCACGUUCACCAGAGAACACACACAGGCGAGAAACCCUUCAAGUGCACUGUUUGUGGCAAAGCGUUUGCACGGUCAGCAUAUCUUAACAUUCACCAGAGAACACAUUCAAGCGAUAAGCCCUUCAAGUGCACUUUGUGUGAGAAGACAUUUAAACGCUCAUCACAUCUCCAAAUUCACCAGAUAACACACACUGGCGCCAAUCCCUUCAAGUGCACUGUUUGUGGUAAAGCGUUUACACGGUCAGCAUCUCUUAACAUUCACCAGAGAACACACACAGGUGAGAAGCCCUUCAAGUGCACUGUGUGUGGUAAAGCGUUUAUACAGUCAGCAUACCUUAACAUUCACCAGAGAACACACACAGGCGAGAAGCCGUUCAAGUGCACUGUGUGUGGUAAAGCGUUUACACGCUCAGGAUCUCUGAACAGUCACCAGAGAAAACACACAGGCGAGAAGCCCUUCAAGUGCACUGUGUGUGGUAAAGCAUUUACACAGUCAAGAUAUCUUAAGAAUCAUCACCAGAGACGACACACAGGCGAGAAGCCCUUCAAGUGCACUGUGUGUGGGAAGUUAUUCGCACAGUCAGUCGACCGAAAUUGGCAUGAGAAGAUCCAUGUGGAGGAGGUGGAAUCCAGCCCAUCUCGCAUGCAACAAGACCCAAAAGACAACCCGAGUUUAGCAACGUGGCCAUCAGUGAAGGUUGAACGGGAAGAAGUGAAGGGGGAAUGUGAAGAGGUGAAGGUGAAAUGUGAAAAGGUGAAGAUGGAAUGUGAAGAAGUGAAAGUGAAAUGUGAAGAUGAAGACUCAACUCCAGGCCCCGACCUCCAGGUGGAUGGAGGCAGCGUCAAGCAGGAGCAGCUUUCGGACUCUGAGGGAGGGCCAGGCGACCCCCAUGAGGUUGUGGAUGUGGAGGUGUGGGUGGAGUUUUUGGGGGAGGGAUCGUGCAGUGGUUAGUGUGCCGCCUUACGAGCGUGCGGAACCCGAGUUUGAUUCCCGUUCACGGUCGAC